CGCUGAGGAGCACAAAGCGGCGCCGGCCGGCAGCGCCUGCGCGGGGCGGGCCGGGCGCUGAGGGCAGCGGGCGCGGAGCGGGGCCCGCCGGGCAGUGCCGGGCACUGCCGCUGUCAGCGCCGGCGCUCGCAGCGGGCUGCGCCCUCCUCCCUGCCUGCCCCGCCGCGUUCGCUUUGCUUCUACGCUCUUAUUUUUAAUUACUAUUAUUUUUAAUUUUUUUUUUUUUUUUUUUUAAACUUGGAAGAGCCCUUGGGAAGCGCCCGCACGGCUCCCCCGCCGCCUCGCAGCGCGUUCCCCUCGCGUUCCCUGGGCUGUCGGAGCCCGCUCCCCCUUCCCGACCCGCUCCAGGCUGGGCCUCUGCUGGCGUUUGGAAGCCGGGAGCUCCUCGGCACCGUCUGCCUCCCCCUCCCGGAGCCGCUCCUCUCCGCCAGCCCGAUAAAUGCUGUUUAUGAGGAUGGACCUGUUGAAUUACCAGUACUUGGACAAGAUGAACAACAAUAUCGGCAUCCUGUGCUACGAAGGUGAAGCGGCGCUGAGAGGGGAGCCCCGAAUGCAGCCCCUGCAAUCCCCCGCGCUCAGCAACCACCGCACGGGCCCGCCGCCCAUCAGCCCCAGCAAGAGGAAGCUCAGCAUGGACCAAGGGGACGAGGAGCUGGACUGUGAAAACGACCACGUCUCCAAAAUGAGCCGCAUGUUCAACCCGCAUCUAACCAAGACUGCCAACGGGGAUUACCGGAAGGAGCACCGGGAGCGGAGCCGCAGCCCCAUCGAGCGCGCGGCUGCCCCCACCAUGAGCCUCCACGCCAACCACAUGUACGCCUCCAUCCCCAGCCUGAGCAUGGAGCAGCCCCUAGCACUGACCAAAAACAGCGUGGAUGCAGCCAGGACAGUCGGCAUCUCCCCCAGCCUGAGCAGCGUGGAGCGGCAGCAGAACCGUCCCUCUGUGAUCACCUGUGCUUCUGCCAACAACCGCAACUGCAACCUGUCCCACUGCCCCAUCGCCCACAGCGCCUGCUCGGGGGCUGCCUACAGGAGACCCUCCAGCUCCACCGCUGCGUGUGACCCGGUGGUGGAGGAGCACUUCCGCAGGAGCCUGGGCAAGAACUACAAGGAGCCCGAGCCGGUGGCGAACUCGGUGUCCAUCACGGGCUCUGUGGAUGACCACUUUGCCAAAGCACUGGGGGACACGUGGCUGCAGAUCAAGGCUGCCAAGGACGGCGUGGGCAGCAGCCCCGAGUCGGCGUCGCGGCGGGGCCAGGCGUCCCCUUCCUCCCACAUGGUCAGCCACAAUCACUCGCCCUCCGUGGCCUCCUGAGGACCGCACCCUUCCCGGCGGCAAUUUGCAUGGUUUGACUGAGCUUGGAACAAGUGCUUAAAUAGUGCUGGGGGAGAGGAGGUUAGUUUUCAACACACGGUUUUGUGUACUCACUUCGUUGGUUUUUGUUUUUUUUGUUGUUGUUGCAAAAGGGUGCCCUUAAAGACGAUAGCAGGAACUAUUUCAUAAAGAUUCAUACGAUGUAGCAUCCUUUUUUUUUUCCUGCCUCAAUUACCAAAGAAACCUCUGAUGCAAAUCUGCUGCCCCUUAAAAAAAUAAUGCACGCUAAUCCACAAAAGCCAUUACACUUAGUUGGUUGACCCAAGUGCUUUUUUGCUUUUCUUAGCUUCUCAAGACUAGAAUUUGUCUGGUUUGCUUACAUUGCUUUUUUUUUUUUUUUUUCCCUCUGUGAAGUAAUUUUGUAUGUAUAUACUUGAAAAGAACUGUCAUGUAUGAUUUGCACUAUUGGAGGAGGACUGAAGUUGCACAGCAACUUUCUGGAAGAGGCUAAUAUUUUGAGGGCAAACUGCUGAAAAAAGGGUUUAAGGAUGACAUUUCUAUCAGUUUGAUUUUUCUUAGAGCAAAACAGCUUUGGAAGGGGAAGUCUCAUACAGGUUAUAGGUCUUUCUCUCUUUAGAUUUCAGGUGCUUAGUGCUUGCAACUGGACUGCAUAAUUUACAGAACACGGGCAUUUUUUCCUAAACACUGCAGUUUGUUAGAGUAGAGCUGAGGUUGGAGGGUUCCAUAGUGCUUAACGAUGCAUGUUUUAUGAAAAAUAGCUGGUAUCUAUUAAUGUAUAGACAGUAAGAAUCAUAAUACUUAUUAGCUUCUCUUCAGAAUUAGUUUAUUUUUGUCAGUAACAACCCUAGAUAUACUUACUGCUGGUACAGUUGUACUCUAUGAUAUUUGUAUUUGCUAUUCACUUUAGUGGCGGCAGCACCGAGGGCAGCUCAGGACAGGCCUGGUGCAGCACUGCUGCUUCACAGGGAUCUGCUUCCCAAUCCCCAGUCUGUGUAAUCCACCCUGAACUAGCUGCAGGAACUGCUACCCUUACGGAUCUUGGCUGGACAACAGAUUGUUACAGUUUGUGAAAGACGAUCUUUCCCUUUGUUUAUUUUGUUUUUGGUCUUUUUUUAAGCCAAUCCAUCAGCCUACGCCAAGUCGCAGCAUACAUUCCUCCAGUAGAUUUUAUACAGGUAUUACUGCAUUUAUUAUCAUUUGCUAUAUUAAUAGCUACUAAUUAGAAACUAGGCAGUAGAGGCAGGCAUAAAACCACAGCUGUGCUAGUGCUAAGAGCUUCUCUUCUUCUUGUUCAGUGUAACUACUCUCCCCAGUACAUUCCAUCUUCCCAGGACAGUUGCAGCCAGGGCUUGGUUUCUGUACCUGAAGGGAUGGGCUCAGUGUAGGAAGUGAGCUCUGGUUGGAAGAUGAACUCCCAAGUGAUGUAUUAUGGACUAUGUUACAGUAUUGGGUCCAUUGUGGCUUCUAUUUUAUGCUUUUUGUUAUUUUUUUUUAAAGUUAAGCUAUUUAAUUUGGAAAAGGUGCAGGGUAGAAAGAGAUCGGGAGAUUGGCUCUUACUCUUGGUGAGAAGGUGGCUGCUCAGUUUUCUUUAAAAAAAUGCAAAAAAAACCCACAAAAAAACCAACCCAACACCUAAGCCCCCCAGUUUUACACAUUUCACUACCAUCUUAC